CCGGUCGGUUGGAGUAGCCGGUUCGACCGCGUCGGCUCGGGGGCCAGUUGAGUACAGGGUCGAGGGCGGGAGAGGUUGACGUCGUGGUUUUUGUUUUUCUCUUCCGAAAACUCUUUUUACGAUGAGUUUGUCUAAGGCGUAUACACGAAGCUAAUCUCGUUUGCAAAUUUAACAUCUAUAAAGUUUAAAUUUUUAAGACAAAUCAUUUCCAAGCCUGAAUUCAGCCUCCAUCAGGCACAUAGACUCCCUCGCUCCUGGUAGCUACCAGUGACAUCACCGCCUAAACAACCCCCAACCUCUCUCCCCUAGCAACCCCAACCCCACCGCAACAGAACAAAAAAAGAUGGCAGCCAAAGAACCCAUCUCCUUCAUCGGCCUCGGCGCCAUGGGCUUCGGCAUGGCCACCCACCUGAUCAAGGAGGGCUACUCGGUGACAGGCUUCGACGUCUGGGGCCCGACGCUGGACCGCUUCAAGGCCGCGGGCGGCAGCGCAGCCAGCACCCCGGCCCAGGCCGUCGCCGACAAGCCCUUUUGCGUGUGCAUGGUGGCGACGGCGCAGCAGGCGCAGGCGGUGCUGAUCGACGGGCCCGACGCCGCCGUCCCGGCCCUGCCGCAGGGCGCCGUGCUGAUGCUGUGCAGCACCGUCCCCUGCCAGUACGCGCAGGCGCUCGACCAGCAGCUCAGGGACAUGGGCCGCGGCGACAUCCUGUUUGUCGACUGCCCCGUGUCCGGGGGUGCCAUCCGCGCCGCCGACGGCACGCUGUCCAUCAUGGCGGGCGCGUCCGACGAGGCCAUCGCCAAGGGCCGCGACAUCCUGCAGGCCAUGUCGGACCCGGCCAAGCUGUACAUCGUCGCCGGCGGGGUCGGCGCCGGCUCCAACAUGAAGAUGUGCCACCAGGUCCUGGCCGCGAACCAGAUCCUGUCGGCCAGCGAGGCCAUGGGGUUCGCGGCGCACCUGGGGCUGGACCUGGCAAAGGCCCGCGACGCCAUCCUCGCCUCGGACGGCAAGAGCUGGAUGUUUGAGAACCGCGUGCCCAGGAUCCUGCACCCGGAGCACAAGCCCGUCGCCAGCGCCCUGACCAUCAUCCUCAAGGACACGAGCAUCAUCACGUCCGAGGCCAGGCGGAGGCGCUUCGCCACGCCCAUGACCAGCGCCGCCGAGCAGGCGUACUUUGUCGGGCUCGGGCUGGGCUACGGCCCCGACGACGACGCGGGCAUGCUGCGCGUGUACACGCAGGGGGUCGGCAAGGUCGGGCCGGUGCAGGGCGCGGCCGAGACGGACGAGGCCAAGGUGGCGCUGGUGCUGGCGCUGCUCGAGGGCAUCCACCUGUGCUCGGCGGCCGAGACGCUGGCCUUUGCCGACUUUGUCAAGCUGGACCUGGACCAGGUCUUUGAGCUGUGCACCAACGCCGCCGGCGGGUCUAGGAUGCUCGACAGGUUCGGGCCGGGCAUCCUCGCCGCGUUCAAGAGCGGCGUCGCCGCCAAGGGCUGGGAGACCGAGGCCGGCGUGUACGACGUGACGGCCGCCGCCGACCGAUUGCAGGCUGCCGUAGACGAGGCGCAGAGGUUGAAGAUGCCGCUGUUUUUGGGCACGCAGGCGCUGAACUUGCUGAGGACGGCCACGAGGUCUUUGGAUGGCAAGGCAUCGGCUGGCGCUGUGGUCAAGUUAUGGACGUAAUGAUCGGGAUGAGUUAUGGCGGUUGGGACUAAGGCAAUAAUGAAUGGUUCAAGACUAGACUAGUAUUUUAAGUUUGUAUGAAUCAAAGUGUCAUGAUACCAAG